CCGUCAAUUUACGCAGCGCUUUAUACACACAUAUAUAUAUAUAUACCGUAUUUCGGGCUUCAUAAGACGCGCCUAGGUUUUAGAGGCAGAAAACAAGAAAAAAAAUAUUCUGAACCAAUGGACUGCAGACAUAGUACAGGAGAUGACCAGAGACUGCGGACAUAGUACAGGAGAUGACCAGAGACUGCGGACACAGUACAGGGGAUGACCAGAGACUGCGGACACAGUACAGGGGAUGACCAGAGACUGCGGACACAGUACAGGGGAUGACAAGAGACUGCGGACACAGUACAGGAGAUGACCAGAGACUGCGGACACAGUACAGGGG